ACUUCCAUCACUUCUCUCCUCCAUUCACAACUUCCAUCACUUGACUGAGCUGUCCAUCCAGACUCUAAAAGAAACUGAAGAAGCAGUAUCCAUGACCAACACGAUGACAUCAACGGUCCUCAUCAGCUUCCUGGCCUGUCUGCUCCUGGCCAAUGUUGAAGGCCAGGUGGGUCAUUCUAAAGCUCGGUGCCAGUGUCUGAAUGGACUGGUGAACCGUGUUAAACCUCUUCACAUUGAGAAGAUCGAGGUGUACACCUCCAGCCACUCCUGCAGGAACAUGGAGAUCAUUGUCACUCUGAAGAACGGAGAAGGGAAGAAGUGUCUGAAUCCAGAAGCUCCAUUUGCAAAGAAAACCAUCGAGAAAAUAAUGAACAACCAAAGGAGUGUGCAGUAAAUCUGUGAACUAAGGACACCAAUCCCAUUGAGAACUUGAUGGAACAGAGAGCACCAUGAGAGAGAGAGUUAAUCCUGAUUAAUUACCACAGAUGAGUGAAUGCACUGAAGACUGCCUGAAUACGUUUACACUGUUUAAUGGAACUUAGAAAGUCCGUUUUUAAAUUGACAAAAUUGGUAUGUCUUACACCAUAUGACUUACUAGUUGAGAAACAUUCAUAAAAUCUUCCAAUGGAAACUUAAAUAGGCAGAUGUGUUUUUUUUAGGUCUGUUUCAUAUUUUCUUGAAUGUUCAAUUGUUCAUUUAUGCAAUUGAAAUAUAAAAAGCCUGUAAAUAUGUAGGUAUAUUUUUUUUCAUUUUGGAAGGUCAAGACUUGAAAUGUUUUACAUUUUGUUUAGUUAUCAAAAUGAUCAACAUCUGUGUAAAUACUGUAUAUUCUAUAUGUGUUGUUUACUUUUUCUACCAAAAUAAUAAAGACGCAUUUGACUCUA